CUGUGAUAAUUCUAGCGUUAGCGUCAUGAUCGAUCCACAGCUUUCCUGAUAAUCGACGCCGCUGUAUCGAACGAUACCCGGCGUCGGGAUUCGGGUUCGGUAAACAGAUCGUAGGACCAUUUUACACUUUGACGAGUACCAGUCAUUGCGGCUGCUGUUGUUACAAGUAGCCACAAUGCAAAAUUAUUUUGAUUUUGAAUAAAUAAAAAAAUCAUUACAUCGUCGCGGAGAAAAGUGUAACACCAGAUAGGAAUUUUCAAAUGAAAUGAUAAAGCCAGUGAUGUUGAUCGGUGUGGUAGUUCUCCUGUUAAAAAAUCGCGUACAUCCACUUUUGGAUCCUAGUCGCCUCGUGCGUAAGUACGAAACGAUCGUGUCCGUGGCAGGAACAACUUACUCCUCUCCGUGUAGAGAAAGAAUCCGCUGCGAGAAAAAGAUGCACCGCUACCUUCGGCGAGCGACAAAGACGUUAGACCCUCGCAAAAUAUCGCGGAGUGGGGGUAGCCAGAGAAAGACGGCGUGGAGUGGGGAACACGACGGAGAAAGACGCACCGGAGACAACAGCAGAGGAGGGGAAGCUGCGGUCCAAUGGUGGGGGAAUAUCGCGCUAGUGGAAGGCAGACGACUAACAAAGGACAGAGCUACGGCGCGAAUUGGUGGUUGCGAGCGAGGAGGAAGAGGUGGAUGGCCAAAGAGGAGAGGGAAGCCCCGUGGACGGAGAGAGCAGAGAAAGAGGAAGUCAGCGGGUGAGAGACAGAACGGCGGAGCGCAAGGGAACGCAGCUGAAUCUGUCGACGCUACCGAACACCGGUACGCUGUUGUACGGUCUUGCGUGUCCCGCGUUGUCGCUUCAGACCAGUUUGUACGUCCAAGUUUGCCCGUAGUAGCCGGUCCUCGCAGUGUGGUCCUCACAGUCGGCUGCGUGAAGGUCCAGAUCGAAGUGUCCUUGGAAGAAGGGGACCGGUCGCGCGAUUUCUUCCUCGUCAUGCGUUGA